AUGGCACAACUUUUGGGUCUUUUAAAGACGAAGGAGACGAAAAAUGGAAAAUUUAGCCUCAGGUCUGAAAGGACAGAGUUGAAGCAGAGCAAUCUCGCCCUGCAGUGGAAGGGCCUUUUGGGUCACAUUGACACCCGAUUCCAAAAGCUCCAGGACGAGUUCGACUCGGAACGUAACUCGCUCCAGACCCGGUUCCAAGAGCUCCAAGACCAGUUUGACUUGGAACAGAACUCGCCACAGGCCCGAUACCAGGAGCUUGAGGACCGCGAGAAGGAAUUGGAAGAGAAAGUUUUCAGCUUUCACUCGAAAAUGGAAUCCAAAGCCCAGGAAUUACAUGGAAUUGAGAGAUUGACAGAAGAGAGAAUAAAAGAGGUUGAUGUUACAGAGAAACGACUAGUGGAAGUUGAGAAAUUGGUUAAAGAGAAGGAGACGAAGUGUGAUUUGAUCCAAAAAAGCAUCGAAGAGGGCACUGAGAAAUUGUGUUGGGUUCGUAAAAGUUUGGAAGAGAGGUCCAAAGAGCUUGAGAUUAAGGAGGAGGAAGUGACAGGGGCUCAAGGAGUGUUGAACGCUUUUCGUGAGGAUAUUGAAUUGAACCGGAGGCAACUAAAUGCGAUUAGGGGGUCUGUUGAGAAGGAGAAGAACGUGUUGGUUUUGAAACAAGAGGGGGUUAAAGCAGCGGGUAAAUCUCUUGAAGAAUGUCACAAAGAAAUUAAACUGAAAAAGGAGAGACUUUGUCUGAUUCAGAAAGUAAUGGUGCAAUGCUCUAAUUCACUCCAAUCUAGAGAGAAAACAAUCAGGGAAAUGGAGUUGAAGGUGAAAGAUUAUGGUUUGCUUAAGAAAUCCAUGGAGGAAUGGUCCUGUAAACUUGAAUCGAAGGAGAGGGAACUUGAAGGAUGGGUUGAGAAGUUUGAAUUAAGAAACAAACAAGUUGAGUCAAAAUUUGAGGAACUCAAUUUGAUUCAUAACAGGGCUAAUGAAUACCUCAAUGAGGUUGAGGUGCAAGUAAAUCAUUUUGAUUCACUCACGCCAAAAACAUUUGGAUUCAGAAGCACUAGAACAUUCCCAUGGACUUGAAAUGAAAGAGAGGCAACUUGAA